AUGCAUAAGUUGCAGCUGCUGGAGAAACCAAAAAAGAUUUGGAACUGCGACGAAACUGGCCUGAAGUUUUUGCCAGACUGCUCAAGAGUCCUUCAGCAGAAAGGGGCCCGAAACGUAAUAGCAAGAUGCAGCCCAUCAAAGGAGAGCGUCACCACCCUGGUCUGUAUUAACGCAGCUGGCCAAGCCAUGCCUCCCCUUUGUGUCGUCAAGGGAAAAACGGUGAGAUCGGCCCAGUCCUUCGCAACCCAGGAUGGACUUGAAGGAACAGUAUGGACAUACCAAGCGAACGCCUGGAUGGACGACGACAUCAGUGUGCAGUGGUUCCAGAAAGUGUUCCUACCCAACUGUGGAGAGGCAAGACCCCAGCUGCUGAUCCUUGAUUCCCACCAUAGCCACAAGGUCCUGGAAAUGCUUGAGCUGGCACAGAAAAAGGAUGUGCAUAUUCUUGCCCUGCCUCCUCACACCACCCAUGUGCUACAGCCUCUGGACAAGGUGGUGUUCAAACCGUUUAAGACCGCCUACACAAGGAACUGCACAGAGUUUUUGGCAUCAGAGCCCAGCUCCACAAUCAACAAGGUGAUGUGGCAAAGGCUGUCGAGAAACACAUGGAAUACCACGAUGAGGCCAGACCUACUGGCAACAACAUUCCAGGCCACUGGGAUCUUCCCUCUUAACAGACACAGGAUCCCAGAGUCAGUCUUUGCUCCAUCAGACGCUCUGAGGGGCAUUGCACAGAUCGAACCUGCUGAGGACAGGGAAGAGAGUGCCACCAUCACUGACCCUGACGCAGCUGGAGUCCAACAUGAAGUCUCGUUUGACAGCAAGGUUCUUCAUGGGCUGAGCAUUGACCCGACAGAUGCCAGCAUGGAGCAGCCAGUGGAUGUCAUAGAACUCCUGGACAUGACAGACCAACAACUUCCAGCACUCCCCUUUAAAGAAACAGUUUCCUCCUGGACUGUUCACCCUGCUCCCUGGGAGACAGCAGAAGUCCCUACGUCAGGUCAAACCCCAUGGAUUGUUCACCCUGCACCCUGGGAGAUAGAGAAAGCCCAAGCCCCCACAGUUGUUCCAGGUCCAGCAUCUUUACCACCUGUAGAUCUACAAGAACAAUCAGCGAACUGGAACAUUGAAUUAAGCACAGUUUUUUAUUUUGAUGUUAUUCCAGCCACAGCUCCAGCACCAAAGCGGUCUCGAGCAAUCAAGUCCCAUGGAUUGCUCACAAGCAAAGAAUUAAUUGACUAG